AUGAAUCGCCGAGCCGCGACGGGGCCGGCGCGUGAGGGACUGGCCGAAGAUGAGAUGAAGCUCGGGGGUGAGGAAGCGCACCGUCUUGUAGAGGACGGCAUCGGCCAAGGUGUGGUAGCGGCGAUUGAGGCGGGAGACGCUGCAUAUGUCGCGUUUGGAAAUGUCGGCAAUGGCCUCGAAAAUCUGGACGACGACGGCGCUAGGCAGCUUGGCCAGGAGGUCGCCCCCGACGCUGGACCUGCGCGCGCGCUCGGCGCUGGUGACGACGGCCAUGUUUGCAGGAGACGACGGCGACGGGUAGAUGAGCUGAUGCAACCACGAGAUCGAGGAGCGAGCCAAGGUGGAGAUGGAAGCUAG